AUGUCGUCUCCAAGUCCUCAAGAUGAACUUACAACGACGGUUUUCGACGCCAUACAGUCGUUACCUACACAACGCAAGGCCAACUUUCUCUUAGAUACGGCUUUGGCUUUGAUUGAUGAGGGGCAAUACGGAGACCAAGUUGAGACGUUCCUCGAGGUAUACCUCAAGACGCCGAAUCUAGAUAAGGCGGAUGUUGCGAGAGCGUUGUUGGCGAGAGGAAAUGCGCGAAAAGACAGUGGGGAGAGGUUGAUUGCGAAAGCCAAACUUGACUUCCAAGCAGUCAUCAAACUAGACCCUUCAAAUCGAGAAGUACAAUCUUACCUCCGUCGGGAUAAACUUAUACACUUCAUAAAUGAACCGGCAUCUCAGAGAACUCCAGCAGAAGUUUGGCAACGGAUAGCUCAGCAUAUUCCGAGAUAUCAUCUUCGAACAUGGCUUUUUGUUUCCGCAUUCCAUCGAGAGAUAGCUAUGAAGAAGAUAUUCCGGACAAUCGAUCUCUAUUUCGGGGAGGAUAACGAUAGGGGGCUUGAUAUUUUGGACCGAGCUAAGGCAGAUUCCAAAUUCGCCGGUUUAGUGAAGAGCUUGAGGUUACACUGGUCAAUUGAAGAGGGGGAUAUGUUAGAUCUGAUGAUCCGAACGUUCCGAACCGCUCUGUCCGUUUUUAGGUCCCUCAAAGAUUUCGAAUGGAUCGGUUAUCCAGAACUACGCGCAGACAUUGUCCAAUCCAUCUUGUCCACCCACUCAGAUUUACACCGUUUAGGUCUCAUAGGCUGGCACUUUGACGCCGUUGGUGUCUCCAAAUUUCGAAAUCUACGUAAAUUUACGCUUAGAGCGGAAGACGACGAUGGGUUUGCGGAUAUGGAAGAGAUUCGGACGGUGUUGGACGUUAACGCUGCUACUCUAAAACACCUCAUCCUCGGCGCCUACCUCGCACGAAAUCAUUCGUGGGAUAGUGCGUUCCAAAGCCCUACGAUCAGUAAACUUACCCAUCUCGAUCUCGUGGAUACGAGGAUUUCGCAUAUUGUUCUUGCGAGGAUUGCUCAUGCACAUAAUCUUCAGUCGCUCACACUGCAUGGGACGUUUGACGAGCCGUCAUCAGCGUCUGUAGUCUUUGGUUCCGACCACAUCAUCGACGGUGCUCAUUCCUUCCUCCCUCAUCUCGAAUCUUUCCGAUUCGUUAUGGUCGGUCAUGACGAUGAGGUGGGGUUGUAUCAUAGUGUGACGCAGUUCCUGAUGAAAAGGAAGAAAUUGAGGAGGUUGGAUUUGGGCAGUUGUCCUUGGGAGUUGGUUCUGGGGAUUUUACCUGACCUUCUCGGGCUCCGGGUGUUGGGAGUAAGGAUUGCAAAUCUCAAUGUGGGGGCGGUGAAUAAUCUGGUUAGGGCAAUACCGAAGCAGAUGGUUGCGUUGAACCUCUCAACUGCGAUUAGUGAGAAACCCAUGAACGAAUACGCGCCGUUGUUUACCUGCUUCUAUAAUCUCUCGUUCUUACACCUCCAAUGUUCCUCGACCCACCGUCCUAAAACGAACCUCAUCCAAUCCGAAAAGGAUUUCCAGGUUCAGAGUGAGCUCUGGCAUGCAUCCGCUCGCAGUAUCGCAUGCGUAGUGCCUUCAUUGGAUUUUAUCGGGUGGCAUAAGGAACAUUACGUCGUUGUGAGAGGCGAUACGGAGGCACUUCAUCCGUUGUCUUUGAGCGUUGAGUUAAAGGAACUUCCGUCACGGAGAAGACUGGAUUGUGCGAAAGGUGUGGAUUUGGGGACUGAGGAUGCGGCGUGGUUGGAGAGGAAGGAUGUGCCGAUUGAUUAUGAGGUGCCUGUAUUGGAAUAA